UUUCUCUUUAGUCUUAUGAUAACAAAAAUGAAUAUGCAAGAUGAUAAUAAAAUUGUAUUAAAGCCUGCAGAAUUGGCUGGUCUCGUAUUAAAAGAGCGAAUAAAGGCAGAACUUAAGAAACCAAGAGCAUGCAGCAAACAAUAUAUGCACAUAGUAACGAGUACUGACGCUGACAUUGAAGAGAUGCAGAUUACGAGCAAUGAAUUAGAAGAAAGCGAUAACGACGAUGAAAUGUUGCACAACUGCAAAGUGUGGAGCCGCUGGAGUAAGUGGGGCUCGUGUUCGGUGAGCUGCGGGCCGGGCUUCAUGGUGCGGCGGCGAGCGUGCGUGGCCGGCCGCUGCGCGCGCGGCGAGCGCGAGGAGCAGCGCCGCCCGUGCCGCCGCACGCCCUGCCCCCCGCCACCGCCAGCCACGCAAGAACCCCAUGCCCGAGAACCAACCACCAAACCUUUGCUUGUUACAUAA